AUGGAUCAGUUUAUUACGACGUAUAGCAAAGAUUACACGUGGCCUUCGACCAGGAUUAAGCACACGCCAGGUUUAAGCGAAGACGAUUCUUGUCGAUGCCACAAACGACCCAAAGAAAUAAAGCCGAUUGAACGUUGCGGAGAUGACUACGAUUGGAGCCGUACAGGUCCCAUGGGACGGCUGUUGGACCCUAAAUUGUACCCCGCGAAGACUGGACCGUCUCCAGAAAGUGAAGCAACGAAAUUCGAUCAGCCGAGCACGUACAUGAAGAAAGUAAGUCGGUAACGGUGUGAGUGUUGUAAUUACUACGUCGAGGCGGUACUCUUUCAGUUGGAAGAGAAAUACCCUAAUCUGUAUGGAAUUCUACAGAGUACCCCUAUGGACGAAGUAAUUAAACGCGUUGACGAGGAUCGAUUGAAGAGCACAUACCAGAUAGACUAUUCUGAGAAAGCGGCUGCGCAAAUGGCAGAAGUAUACUCUGGACCCUGCACCACCAUGAAACACGAAGAAAAACUGGACUGUCGACCCUCUGCUGGGUCUCGGUUAACUAAACGCAAGCGUGACGAGAAAGACUCGAAGAAGAAAACAGGGAAGAAAACGGCCGAAGAAGAUUCCCAGGAAACACGACUACCACCGUGGCGAUCAGAAUAUCAAGACAGUAUCAGCAAACUGGGUCAGGCGAUUGUCAAAUCGAAAAUGCACACGAACAAGACGGAAGCGCCAGCUUGGGCGACGGCCGUCUGA